CUUACCAAAGGGGAGGUGGGCUGUUUUCUGAGCCAUUACAAGAUCUGGCAAGAGAUUGUAGAUCAAAAGCUGGAAGUGACCCUAGUGUUUGAAGAUGACGUACAUUUUGAAUCGUUUUUCAAGCGAAAGAUGAUCCGUCUUUUGGGUGAAGUUCGUACAAUCCAGCUGGACUGGGACUUGAUAUACAUUGGAAGAAAACAAGUCACUACAGAUCCUGAGAAGGCGGUGGAGAAUGUGCGGAACUUGGUGGUGGCAGAUUACUCCUACUGGACUCUGUGUUAUAUGAUCUCCCUGCAGGGGGCACAGAAGUUGCUGAACGCUGAGCCAUUAUCUAAGAUGCUCCCAGUGGAUGAAUUCCUGCCCAUUAUGGCAGACACUCACCCAAAUGAGGAAUACAAAAGCUAUUUUCCCAACCGAAACCUGAGAGUGUUCUCUGUACAGCCCCUCCUCGUCUUUCCAACCCAUUACACUGGAGAACCCAACUGGCAGAGUGACACCGAAACCUCCACCCUCUGGGAUGAUGACAACGUGCGGACAGAUUGGAGCGGGUCGCAAAAGACUCUGAAGGAUUUAAAGGGGAAACGUACAUCACGGGAUGCAGUCCCCGUCACGAGACGA